AUGGAUACGCCUCGCGACGCCUCCGCUUGCACGCCGCGUCGGAGCCAAAAGGAGGCCCGGUCCAUGGCCAUCAAUGUUUUGUCACUCGCGGGCGAGGCGAUCGCCCGAGUGUCCGCAGACCCGCUUUGCAGCGUACGGGAGCUGAAGCAGCAGAUCUGGGCGCUGGGUGGUCCGGAGGUCAGGCAGCUGCGUCUCAUGCUGGGAACAGCUCAACUCCAGGACGAGGCAAGGCUCGACCAGAGUGGCCUUGCUGACGGCUCAGACGUCAUGGCCCUUGUCGUCCCGGAGGAUGAGACCAAGAACUACAUGCGCAUUGUCAUCCGCUGUCGGCCGCUACGCACCGAGGAGGAGCAGGAGCCUGGAUUCGAUCUGGAUGUGGACAGGGGUCUGGUUUCUGUGCGGCUUCGCGAGUUCCUGUGUUCGGACAUUUUCGACGAGAGCGUAUCCCAGGCCGAAGUUUUCGAGCGGCUGGGCCGGGACUUGACUCAGCACGUCCUGGAAGGCUACAACGCGACGGUCCUUUGCUAUGGGGAAGGUGGCGCGGGAAAGUCGUACACCCUCUUCGGCCCUUCUCCCGACUUGGCGCAUGCGGCUGCGGAGCAAGGCCUCGCCCCGCGAGCGUUUCGCUAUGUCUUCCGGCGCCUGCGUGCUCUGCGCGCGAGAGACUGGCAGGUGUCGCUGUCAAUGCGCGAGAUCGUCCGCGACGAACUUCGCGAUCUGCUUGCAGCGGAUCCGAAAGCGCAGUGCCCUUUGCGAGUGCAUGAAGGGCAGACGCUGGUUGAAGGUGGCGUCGACAUUGCAGCCUCAAGUUUGAAGGACCUACAAAGGCUUUAUAAUCAUGGCCUUUCACGCAGCUGCGCGAAUCCAU